AUGGAUCCAUCAAACGACCACGAAGAGGUCAGUACUAUCAUUGAUCCAGAUCGUCCUUCGUGUCAAGGAUGUAGACGUCGGAAAUUAAAGUGUUCACGGGAAUCUCCGAUGUGCUCACAAUGCCAUCGUAUGGGGUCACCAUGUGUGUAUGAUGCCAAGAGAAACAAGCCAGGCAUCAAGACAGGCGCAGUUGAAAGCUUGAGUCGUCGAAUUGAUAUUCUGGAAGAUGCACUUCAAGAAGUGCAGGCGAGGGAUCGGCCUGUUAACAAUUCGACUCAGGCGCAAGAUCCUGAAAGCAGUCGACUUGAUGGCGUGGUGAAUUUAUUAUCAACAGUAUGCAUGGAGCUGUGCAAAUUCAACAGCCAGAUCAAUCGAUCAUCUGAUGGCAUAGUAUCAGAGCGGAUAGCUCGCUCAAAUCACACGCCGAGAGCCAGUACAGCUUCUGUGCGCUCGCCUAAUGAUGAUCCAUAUGAUACAUAUACAACUCAACCACGAAAAAGACGACGGGUAGACAGUUGUGGUAAUCCAAAUAUUGACCUCCAGUUGCCCCUGGAGGAUCUGCUUGAUGCUUCAUCAUGUCUCCCUGCACCAGACUUACUCGAAAAUACCGUGAACGCAUACUUCAACAAGAUUCAGCCCUGGAUCCCUAUUCUUCACGAAACCCGCUUCCGAAGUCGAAUGCUUGAUCCAGACCAGCGGCCUCUCCUAGUCGUGGUUAUCCAUGCCAUGGUUGUGGCAGCUAUCCGAUUCGCUCGACCCGAGGCUCAUGGUCUCUCGGCUGCUGAUGUUGAAGCCAAAGCCAAGAGAUCGAGGAGCAUCGUCGUUUUGAACGCGAUGGAUAGUUUAUCCGUGGAAAAUUUGCAGGCUUUGACUAUUAUAGCUUAUGACGAUAUCGGUAAUGGAAAUACUUCGAGGGCUUGGUCAAUUGUUGGUUCCCUGACUCGAACGGUGGAGUACCUGCGACUCAGUGUCGAGGAUGAAGAUCAUGACACGCAACGAUUACUCAAGCCUUUACUGUCCUUGCCGCCUUCCCAAAAAUGGGUCGAGGAAGAGGAGAGAAGGAGAGUAUUCUGGACAAUAUUUAACUUGGACCGAUUCUGCUCAGUCGCAACAGGGUGGAAUACUAGUCUGACCGCGGACGAUGUACAUCGUCGACUUCCUGCGGACGGUGGCUUGUGGCAUCGAGAGGAACAGGUCAAAACACCAUUCUUUGGAAUAUGGAAUCGCUCGGAAGCGAAAAUUGGCAACUCAAUCGCCUUCUUGCCGACGCAGUACUCCACUAUCCCCGAUAGUCCAGAUUCGCCAGGCUCUGCUACACAAAAUGGGUCUCCGUCAUCUAUGUCUAGGGGCACAAUGCAGCCAGACAUGUCGACCGUGGGCGCCUUUGCUUAUUGUAUUGAAGCAACGGAGUCCCUCAGUCGGGUAACCACCUUCUUCCUGCAACAGAAGAUCAAUUUCAAUGACCGCCGAGAGGUUAGCAGCUGGCUAACUCGGUUUAAAGAAUUAGACUUGCGUCUCGUACAUUGGAAAAUGUUUCUUCCACAGAAAUGGAGAGACUCAAAUAUCUCACUACAGCCAACACUGAUUCACAUGGACCCAAAUUUGACUCUUGCCCACGUCACGCACAAUACUUCUAUGAUCCUCUUGCACCAACGGAUGGCAUACCCUCCAGCGGAAUGGGCCAACAUUGUACGGCUCCCCAGCGCUUGCAGUGCUGAGACAUGUCAAAAUGCGGCAAUCGAGAUACAGAAUAUGACAGCGAAAUACCUGAGCAACACCGAUGAAUCUGACCCCAUCGCGAACCAAUUCGUCUUUUGUGUUUUUGUCGCCGCUAGGGUUCUUCUAGUGCAUUGGCGAUAUUACGGAUCGUCGCUCCCGCAAGAGUUAUGGUAUCUCAUCAACAGUCUAGACGAGAUGGCCCGUCGAUGGCUCGGAUCCACAAUUCACGGUCGCUGUCUUGCAAGCACAUACGCUGAUCGCCUGCGUGACCUGCAUCGGCAUUGUGUAUCUGCUCCAAAUUUCAGCGUCGAUGUCCUUGGGUACUCGACUAUCGUAUCGAAUCACGCCCCCUCUAUCGCGUCUACUACGUCUGCUCAGUCCCCAUCCAAUUGUCGGCGUGAACGUAACCAAGAGACUCAUAAUUCAAUCGCAACAGACCCGCUAUCCUCUGCUGGUUUGGUAUCUUCGCAUCCACUCCCACCAUGGAAUAUUGGUCAUGAAAUUCUGAGCCCGGGUAACGUACACGGUCAACUAAGUGAGCCUGUUGCGCCGGUUCCAAUGGGCUAUCCUAACGACCCGCCCGCUGAUGAGCUUUCAACCAUCUCAUAUCUACUUCUCGAUCAGCGUUUUAUGGAUAUGGAUCGGGUUAUUAGUUUGGAUGAUAUGAUGUUCUCCACAAAUAUGGCGUGCAUGAAUGGGACAGAGACCAAUCAGGAAUGA